CUUGCCUACCGAUCGAUCAGCCAUGCCUGUUGACCGGACCACAACGAAGGUGACACUAAAGCACCCGAAAGGAUCUUCCGUCGAGAUACUGCUGUACGGGGCAUCGGUCAUAUCUUGGAAGGCCGCAUCCCCCAAUAGCUCGGAAAUUGUCGAGCGACUCUUCGUGUCGUCAAAGGCCUUCCUCGAUGGUUCCAAACCUGUUCGCGGAGGCAUACCUGUGGUCUUCCCGUGCUUCGGCGCCCCCACUCAUCCCGAUCAUCUAAAGCUGAGCCAGCAUGGCUUUGCGCGAAGCGAGACGUGGACGUUCGACAGCGUAGUCAUGGACAAUGAAGCAGGCGUCUCCGUGCGAUUCACCCUCGAUCCUACUUCGAGCAUCAUUGCAAAGUACGACAAACCUUUCCACUUGGCAUAUGUGGUGACGCUGGCUGAACACCAGUUGUCGACCGACUUGCACGUCAAGAACAUAUCCGCCGCCAGCGCACCGUCGGCGACGCCCCUUGAAUUCCAAGCUUUAUUCCAUAAUUACAUUGCCGCUCCUGCCAACGAUGCGCUGAUUUUCCCACUGACUGACAAGUCAUACUUCGACAAGACGGAUACUAGUCUCGAAGGAAAGAAUGCCCUGAAGACGGAAACGAGAGCAGGCGUGGAUGUUACGAAGUUCACGGACUCUGUAUAUGAGGAUGCUGGAGGCAAAUACGAGGUCAAGUGGCCAGGAGGAGGUGUUCAGGUCAAGACGAACCUCAAGGACGUGGUCGUGUGGAACCCUCAAGAAACCGGUGCCAGCAUUGGUGAUAUGGAGGAUGGAGGAUGGCUUCGGUAUGUGUGCGUGGAACCUGGACACGUCCGGGGCUUCGUUUCGGUUGAUCCUGGGAAAGAAUGGAUCGGCCAGCAAGUCAUUUCCGUACUGGAUCAUUGACUCAUUGGCGUUGAACCGAAAGCGUAUGGAAUGCUUUAACUGAAACCUGUACGAGUAUAUGCAAAACAGCCAAGGAAUUGGAUGAGUUAACAGGUUGAGGC